AUUACUUGACUGAUCUCUUUUAAAAGGGAAUACCUCUCUUUUAAUUUGGGUGUAAGUCAGAAUUAGUUCAGAAAAACUCCGGAGUCAACAGCAAUCUUCUCAUGCGUUGUUUUGUACUACAGUAACUGCUGACACAAUGCUUCACCACACCAUUUUCGCGGCCUACACAUGACUUGAACGAGAGCUAGGUGAACCAAUUUUUGGCAAUUUCAGCUCUUACAAACUAGUCAUAGACUGAUUAACUGAAAAUAUCUCAACAAUGGUUCAAAAUUGUUGAAGAACUCAAAAGAAACGCAGAAAAAAAAAAAGUCACGGAUGAGCAAAACUGGAGAAGAUUACAAAGGAUUAUAAUUUGUAUAAUAUUUAUUAUUUAUAAUGCGUCUGAAAUGAUAUGUGCCCGAGACAUUCGCAAUGAGAGACUGUUGUGCAGCUAAUUUGAAAUUUAGAAUUCAUAGUUGACAAAAUAAGUAGAUUUAGCUUAAGUACUGUGAACUAUAGCCCCUUUUAACUCGUUAUCUCCUGUUUUUCCUGUCUCGGCAAAUUCAAUGCAAAUAUAAUAAAAUUUUUAUUACCUUGGCUGACAUGCGCCGCUUGACUGUUUUCGAAGCUUUCGUUGCCUUACGCUGAGAGCGGGUGCUUUUACUAUCGCUGCACUGCGGGUCUGAGAAGAUAUCAACAUUGUUUGAAUCUAAUGCGAUAACCUUUGGCUUUGGCAUUGCUUUACCUCUGACGAAGUGCCUUGAACUCGACGUUAAUAUUCCACCGAAAAAAAAAGGAAUGUCGGACCUCAAAAACAAGAGCGAAGGACUGGAACCUGGGGAGGUCUUCAGUAAACCGGUUUAUUACGUCAUCGCUGGUGUGUACGCUCUUCUCGCUGUCACAGGAAUCAGUCUGAACACACUCGUUAUUGUCGCAUUCGUGAGGGACCGCAGCCUUCGUACGUCUUCCAACAGGCUGAUUCUUAGCAUAGCCACCGGUGAUUGGUUACACUCGCUGCUGGCUUAUCCCUUGGGAAUUGUCAGCAAUACGUCACAAAGUCGGCGCAUGGUAGGUGCGAGUUGCACGUGGUACGCCUUCAUCACGUGUUUUCUAUCGCUCGGCGUCAUUCUUCACCAUGCUGCCUUCUCAAUCGAGCGAGCCAUCACAAUUAAUUACUGCCACGCCUGGAUCUCCAUUAAAGGAAAAAUCAACCUUGCUAUCGGUGGACUCUGGACCUUUGCUUUGCUUUGGAGCCUUUGCCCGCUGUUUGGUUGGUCAGCAUACGUUCCCGAGGGCGCAGGCGUAUACUGCUCAGUUCGCUGGCAAUCGUCCGAUCUACUUGAUAUGGUUUUCGUAGUAUGUUUAUUUUUCUUCUUCUUUUUCAUUCCCAUCGUUGCCAUGAUAACUGCGUACUCUUCGAUUUACCACAGCUUGAAGAAAUUGACCCAAAAUGCGCAUGUCAUAUGGGGGAAGCGCGCUGCUCCCACAGUACAAGCCAUACAAGCCGAAAAGAAGACAGCUCGCAUGGCUUUCAUUAUGUCAAUUUGUUUCGUUUUUGCAUGGACGCCGUAUGCGGUGGUUUCGUUGUACAGUAUCAUAACUACGCCGCAAAAUAUCUCCCCAUUUGUAGCCACCAUACCUUCUAUGUUUGCUAAAACAUCAGUGUGCUAUAACCCAAUUAUUUACUUCCUAUUGUAUAAGAAAUUCCGAGAUAGCAUAGGGCAGACAUUGCGAUCGUCAUGUUGCCAAGACUCGGGUGCUGUGGACCACCUGUAACAUAUGUAGACGUUUCGAGCUUACUGAGAUGAUAAGAUUGCAUUAUUAAGCUUGUGAAACUGUGGACUUUGCGCAGUCUGGGUAUUACGCUUAAACGUAGCCCAACCCUUUGCCUUUUCUCGCGCGCCCCCAGUGCCAGCACUCAAGCCUCCGUUAACAACCAGGAUUUUUCAAGGGGGGUAGCUCGUAUCUUGGGGUUGCAGAAUUAAUGGGGUAUGUUCCCAAAAUGU